GGCGCAUCCUGCGGGUGGCGGCGGCGGGCGCGGCGCCGGCGGCCGGGCGCAAGAUGAUGAAGUUUCGGUUCCGGCGGCAAGGCGCCGAUCCGCAGCGCGAAAAGCUCAAGCAGGAACUCUUCGCCUUCCACAAGACUGUGGAGCAUGGCUUCCCCAACCAGCCCAGCGCCCUGGCCUUCGACCCUGAACUUCGCAUUAUGGCAAUUGGCACCAGGUCUGGAGCUGUCAAAAUCUAUGGUGCACCCGGUGUGGAAUUCACGGGCCUGCACCGGGAUGCGGCCACUGUCACUCAGAUGCACUUCCUGCCCGGUCAGGGCCGCCUCCUAACCCUGCUAGAUGACAGCAGUCUGCAUCUCUGGGAAAUCGUCCAUCAUAAUGGAUGUGCCCACCUGGAGGAAGCACUCAGUUUCCAGCUGCCCAGCCGGCCUGGCUUUGAUGGUGCCAGCACCCCGUCCAGCCUCACCCGUAUCACAGUGGUUCUGCUGAUGGCCGCUGGCAACACGGCAGCUCUGGGCACUGAGGGAGGUAGCAUCUACUUCCUGGAUGUCACUACCCUGGCACUGCUUGAGAGGCAGACCCUCAGCCCAGAUGAGGUUCUGCGCAGUGUGCCAGACGACUACCGCUGUGGAAAGGCUCUGGGCCCUGUGGAGUCACUCCAGGGACACCUCCGGGACCCCACCAAGAUUCUUAUUGGCUACAGCCGGGGCCUGCUGGUCAUCUGGAACCAGGCUGCACAGUGUGUUGACCACGUCUUCCUGGGGAACCAGCAGUUGGAGAGUCUUUGUUGGGGGCGCAACAGUGGUACCAUCAUCAGUUCGCACAGUGAUGGCAGCUAUGCCAUCUGGCCCGUGGACAUUGGCGGCUCCCCAACUCUACAGCCCUCCGUAGCCACCAUUCCCUAUGGCCCCUUUCCCUGCAAGGCCAUCAACAAGAUUCUGUGGCGGAACUGUGAAUCGGGGGGCCACUUCAUCAUCUUCAGUGGUGGUAUGCCCCGCGCCAGCUAUGGUGACCGCCACUGUGUGAGUGUGCUGCGAGCUGAGACGCUGGUGACGUUGGACUUCACCUCCCGCAUCAUUGACUUCUUCACAGUGCACAGCACACGGCCUGAGGAUGAAUUCGAUGACCCACAGGCUCUGGCUGUGCUUCUGGAAGAGGAACUGGUGGUGCUUGACCUGCAGACACCUGGCUGGCCAUCUGUGCCUGCCCCUUACCUGGCCCCGUUGCACUCAUCGGCCAUCACCUGCUCUGCCCAUGUUGCUAAUGUCCCUGCCAAGCUGUGGGCCCGCAUCGUGAGUGCUGGCGAGCAGCAGAGCCCCCAGCUCAUCUCCAGUGCCUCGAGCUGGCCCAUUACUGGGGGCCGGAACCUGGCCCAGGAGCCAUCACAGCGAGGGCUGCUGCUGACUGGCCAUGAGGAUGGCACUGUGCGGUUCUGGGAUGCAUCUGGUGUGGCGCUGCGGCCGCUCUACAAGCUGAGCACAGCUGGCCUCUUCCAGACAGACUGUGAACAUACCGACAGCCUAGGCCAGGCUGCUGAGGACGACUGGCCACCCUUUCGCAAGGUGGGCUGCUUUGACCCCUACAGUGAUGAUCCSCGGCUUGGUGUGCAGAAGGUUGCGCUCUGCAAGUACACAGCUCAGAUGGUGGUGGCUGGCACGGCAGGCCAGGUGCUGGUGCUCGAGCUCAGCGAUGUGCCGACAGAGCAGGCAGUUAGUGUGGCCAGUAUAGACCUCCUCCAGGAUCGAGAAGGCUUCACGUGGAAGGGCCACGAGCGGCUGAGCCCACGUACAGGGCCACUGCCUUGGCCUGCUGGCUUCCAGCCCCGUGUGCUAGUACAGUGCCUGCCACCUGCUGCUGUCACCGCCAUCACACUCCACGCCGAAUGGAGCCUUGUAGCCUUUGGCACCAGCCACGGUUUUGGCCUCUUUGACUACCAGCGCAAGAGCCCAGUGCUGGCCAGGUGUACUCUUCAUCCCAAUGACUCCCUGGCCAUGGAGGGGCCACUGUCCCGGGUGAAGUCCCUUAAGAAGUCACUGCGCCAGUCUUUCCGGCGUAUCCGCAAGAGCCGUGUCUCAGGCAAGAAGCGUAUGGCUAAUGYCAACAGCAAGUUGCAGGAGGCCAAUGCACAGCUGGCCGAACAGGCCUGUCCCCAUGAUGUUGAGAUGACACCCGUGCAGCGCCGAAUCGAGCCCCGCUCUGCUGAUGAUUCCCUCUCUGGUGUCGUGCGCUGCCUCUACUUUGCUGACACAUUCCUUCGAGAUGCAGCCCACCAUGGGCCCACCAUGUGGGCAGGCACGAACUCGGGCUCCGUGUUUGCUUAUGCGCUGGAGGUGCCAGCUGCUGUGGCAGGUGGUGAGAAGCGGCCUGAACGGGCAGUGGAGGCUGUGCUGGGCAAGGAGGUGCAACUGAUGCAUCGGGCACCUGUGGUGGCCAUCGCUGUGCUGGAUGGGCGUGGUCGCCCRCUGCCUGAGCCCUACGAGGCCUCUCGGGACCUGGCACAGGCACCUGAUAUGCAGGGUGGGCAUGCUGUGCUCAUCGCCUCUGAGGAACAAUUCAAGGUGUUCACACUGCCUAAGGUGAGUGCCAAGACGAAGUUCAAGCUGACAGCCCAYGAGGGCUGUCGUGUACGCAAGGUGGCUCUGGCCACAUUUGCCAGUGUGGCCUGUGAGGACUAUGCCGAGACCUGCCUGGCCUGCCUCACAAACCUGGGUGAUGUGCACGUGUUUUCGGUGCCUGGCCUGCGGCCCCAGGUGCAGUACUCCUGCAUCCGGAAGGAGGACAUCAGCGGCAUUGCCUCAUGUGUCUUCACGCGCCAUGGCCAAGGCUUUUACCUGAUCUCACCAUCAGAAUUUGAACGCUUCUCCCUGAGUGCCCGCAACAUCACAGAGCCACUUUGCUCUCUGGACAUCAGCUGGCCCCGUGAUGCCACCCGGGCCAGGGUCCAAGAGUCACCCAAGCUGAGCCAGGCUAAUGGGAACCCAAGCAUCAUCCUGGCUCCACAGAGUCGUGAUGGAAGUCCUGAUCCUGCCCUCAAGGGAGCUGACACCCCAGAGCCACCUGAGUCCACUCUCUCACCCAUGUCCAUCGACUCAGCCACCAGUGCCGACACCACUCUGGACACAACAGGGGAUGUCACAGUGGAGGAUGUGAAGGAUUUUCUGGGCUCUGAGGAAUCAGAAAGGAACCUGAGGAACCUGACAGAAGAUGAGGCCCCCACCUGCACCAUCCUGAUCAAAUGAGGCGCGGCAGGGCAGGGCCCAGGCCCACCUGGUUCUCACCAGUCAGCAGUGCAACCUUCUGGGGGUCCCUGUCCUGGGCUUGCAGCGGGCUCCAUGGCAGCCCCUGCAGUGAUGGGGCUCCCGGAGCCUGGUCGCCUCUCACAGGAUGUCCCACCAGUUCCAGUUCAGGAGCCACACACCAGCACUGUCUUCAUAGUUAGAGGCCCGGCUGUUGGCCCUUAGAGGUCAUGAGCGUGUCUGGAGCAGGACCAGGACUAACCACUAGGAGGUGCAAUGGUAGGGAUUUGGGGCCUGUUUGGCCAGUCCUUCUCCCAGGAAGUCACCAGGGUCCAAGGGUGAGUCUUGCUGGAUCAGCCCAAAACACUGGGCCCAGCGAAAGGUCUCGCUUGCCUCUGCUUACCUCAGGCCCCUAGAUCUGUGUGACCUACUUAGUCCCUAGUGCCCCUGUCCACCCUGCAGCACUGGGCAUAGACGCUGCCUAUUCUCUCUUUGGUCCUGGGGUCAGCAGUACCCCAUCCUGGCUUGAGCAGGUCACAUGUGGCCAGCACUUGGAUAUCCAGCUAGCGCCUCAGCAAGUCCACCUCAGACUGUCAUUAAAGGACCCUUCCUGCUGUCCUAGACAGGAGGCUGAGUAGGGGCACCUAUGUAACCUGGUCCAACUGCUGGGCUGCCUUGGGCAGGCCGUCUGCCCCCMGAGCCCCCUCUGUUGCUCCUGUACAGGAUGUACACCUGGGAAGGAAGGAGAACAGUGGCCACAGGAGGUCUUCCCAGACCCCAAGACCUUCCCUGUCCAUCUAUCCCCACUCACCUGGCAGGCCUUCAGACUCAGAAAGGCCAGCACUGUCCAAGCCACUGCCUACUCUGCUCUGAAGUUGGGGUCCUGGAUCCCAAGCCUCUUAACAUAGACCCUACUUGCUAACCUGUUGGCCCAGUGGGACUUGCUGUCUUGUCCCCGACAAUGCUGGGCCUUGGAGUGGCCACAGCCCAAAGUGAAGGCACCGGGCAGCCUGGAAUCUCUGGGCCCAGGAUGUCUGAAUCAUCUUAAAAACAGUUGGCUGCCCUAGGGCUGCUGACGUGGGGACAGGGACACAGCAGGUGGGCGGGGCGGCUGGACCACUUUCCCCUCCAUGCACCAUCCUUUCUUUCCCCUAUGCAAAGAGUAUUUUUCUAAUGCCUGGGCUGGGCUGGACAGUCCUUUCUAAAACUAUUUUGGUACUUGCUCCUGGGCUACCCUGUCCCAGCCUCUGUGUGUGUGUGUGUGUGUGUGUGAGAGAGAGAGAGAGAGAGAGAGAGAGAGACACACUGGCACCCAGAGCUGAGGCCCAGUCAGGGUGUGUGUGUGUUCGGAGGCUGGUUAGGAUGGGCUUCCCUGUAGAUUGUACCUUGGGGUUUUUUUUUUCUUGUCAUUUUUUUU